CGCGCGCGCGUCCGUUCAGCACAGCGGGCGAUCCCUCCCUCCGGGCCGCGCAGAUGCAGCUGUGAUUUCACCGUCAUGGACAUGAGCGCUCCACAGCGGACUUGAAUCGGGACGUUGCGUUGCCAACAACAAAAACAAAGACAUUAGCUCUCCUCGACUUUUCGUCGGAUAUCAACCGAUUUGGACGCCACUUGUGUUUCGGGAACAUGCCCAGCCGACGGAGGAGUCAACGAACAUGACAGUCUGGCGCUGGAGAAACUCCUGCUCGCGCGCUUCAUGAGGAGUCUCGAGGCCACAGAGCCGCCGCGCGCCGCCAGAUGUGCUGCUGUUAACCGCAGGCACAACACCGCGAGACAAACAAACAGCAGGCCGACGACACUGGGCGCACACUUUUUAACAUUUCCCUUCGUGUGAAAGACAUGACAGAGACUGUCCUGUUUGAGGAGCAGCUGGGCGAACUGCCCGACUAGCAUGUGCGGCUAAUCUCGGUCUACGUUAGCGGCUAAUUAGCGCUCGACACCCGCGACACUCCAAACGGCUGUCAGGACGGGGACGCGGACACUUUCACAACUGCUUAAUUUGAUCUACUAACACUUUUAUCUGCAGAAUGAGGUGUUUGGGGUGUCUGGAAACCUAGCUGGCUCGUAAAUGCGGUAGAGUUUGAGUUUGUUUUGAGUGUGUGUGCGCGCCGUGUGAGCGGCUAAAGUUGUGUGGUUGUUCCCGGUGCUGGGAGCGCGCGGGGCCGAUGCAGAGCAGGCAUGCAGCACGACUUCAGCUCCAGCGAGGAGAACAGCGCGAGAUGGCGAGGCCUGUUCGUGCAGGGGCUGCGAAAGGUGCAGGUGCAAGUGCAUCCAAACCUGUCGGCUAAAGAAGAUGCACUCCAGCACAUUGAGGCACUUAUACUGCAGCUCCUGAACAAGCUGUGUGUUACACAGCCCAGAACAAUAGCUGAUGUAGAGGACCGCGUCCAGAAGACGUUCCCAAAUCCCAUCGAUAAAUGGGCCAUGGGUGACGCUCAGAAUGCAAUAGAGAAACGCAAGCGAAGAAACCCGCUGCUGCUGCCAGUUGAUAAGAUACAUCCACUACUGAAGGAGGUGCUGGGCUAUAAGAUCGACUAUAAUGUGUGUCUAUAUAUUGUUGCUGUGCUGGAGUACAUCUCAGCUGACAUCCUCAAGCUGGCUGGAAACUACGUGAGCAACAUUCGACAUUAUGAGAUCAGCCAGCAGGACAUCACUGUCUCCAUGUGUGCUGAUAAGGUGUUAAUGGAUAUGUUCGAUCAAGAAGAGGAGAUGGGGCUGUUGUCUCAGAGUGUGGAGGAGGUGUCUUCAUCUGGUGUGCUCACAUAUGAUGACCUGGUGCGUCUGGAGAUCGCGGAGGAGCGUCAGUAUCUGCGGGAGCUCGAUCUCAUCAUCAAAGUAUUCCGCCAAGCCUUUAUGUCCAAUAGCAAACUCUUCUCCGCUCAGGAUGUGGAGCUGGCGUUCAGUAAUAUUCUAGAGGUUCAGGAGUUAACAGUGAAACUGUUGGGUCUUAUUGAGGAUGCGGUAGAAAUGACAGCUGACGGGAGUCCACACCCUCUUGUGGGCAGCUGCUUUGAAGACCUCGCUGAAGAGCAGGCAUUUGAUCCCUAUGAGACGCUCUCUCAGGACAUCCUCUCUAAAGAAUUCUGUCAACAUUUCAACACACUGAUGUCCCGCCCCACUGUAGCUCUGCACUUCCAGUCAAUUGCAGAAGGCUUUAAGGAGGCAGUGCAGUACGUGCUUCCUCAGUUGAUGAUGGUUCCAGUUUACCACUGCAUUCACUAUUUUGAACUGUUACAGCAAUUGCAGGAGUGCAGUGAAGAGCAAGAUGACAGAGAGUGUUUGAAACAGGCACAGACUGCACUGAUCAACCUACAAUGCAGCAUUGAACGCAUAUAUGCUAAGCACCAACCACGGCGCAAACAAGGGGAACCACUGUAUCGAUUGUAUAGUCGUGCAUCUCGUAGCAAGCAGGCGGCUAUAAAGCGUAUGAACGACAUCCAGAAGAGUAUUGAUGGCUGGGAGGGCAAAGACAUUGGUCAGUGUUGUAGCCAGUUCAUCCUGGAGGGGGCACUCCUUCGGGCUGGUGCCAAACAUGAGCGGCACAACUUUCUAUUCGAUGGCCUCAUGAUAAGCUGCAAAGCCAAUCAGAGCUCCAGGUUGCCAGGAGCAGGCAGUGGGGCAGAGUUUCGUCUGAAAGAGAAGUUCGUGUUACGCAAAUAUCGCAUUGUAGAUCGCGAGGAUUCACCAGAGUUCCGUCAUGCAUUUGAGCUGGUGGGCCGUGAGGAAAGCGGAGCAGUGUUUAGUGCCCGUUCAGCAGAAGAAAAGAGUGCAUGGAUGGCUGCGCUGGUCACUCUGCAGUACCGGCCCACACUGGACCGCAUGCUGGACACUGUCCUGCACCGUGAAGAACAAGCACAACCACUGAGGCUGCCAUCACCAGACGUCUACCGGUUCGCCAUCCAGGACUCCGAAGAGAAUAUCGUGUUCGAGGAAGGAGCACAAAGCAAGACUGGAAUCCCCAUUAUUAAAGCUGGGACAGUGGUCAAGCUCAUUGAGAGACUGACGUACCACAUGUACGCAGACCCAAAUUUUGUGCGUACGUUUCUGACUACAUACCGCUCUUUCUGCAAACCACAAGACCUGCUCACACUACUGAUUGAAAGGAUUGAGAUUCCAGAGCCCGAACCAUCAGAAGCAGAUCGAGAAGCUCUCUGGAAUGGAGAACAACCAAUGGCAGCUGAGCUUCAGAGAUUUCGCAGAGAAUACGUGCAGCCCGUCCAACUCAGGGUCUUGAAUGUGUUCCGUCAGUGGGUGGAACAUCACUUUUAUGACUUUGAGAAUGAUCCUGAACUCUACGAGAGACUUGAAGGAUAUCUUAUCAGCACCACACAGCUUAGAGGUAAAUCUAUGCGUAAGUGGGUGGAGUCUAUCAGUAAGAUCAUGAGACGGAAGAUACAAAUGCAGUCUAACGGCAUUAGUCACAACAUUACCUUUGAGAGCCCACCUCCACCCAUCGAAUGGCACAUCAGUCGCCCUGGGCAGGUCGACACCUUUGACCUCAUGACCCUUCAUCCGAUAGAAAUUGCUCGCCAGUUAACACUUCUGGAGUCUGAUCUGUACAGAGCUGUUCGUCCGUCUGAGCUCGUAGGAAGUGUUUGGACAAAGGAAGAUAAAGAGAAGAACUCUCCCAAUCUGCUGAGGAUGAUCAGACACACAACCAAUCUCACACUGUGGUUUGAAAAGUGUAUAGUAGAGGCUGAAAAUGUAGACGAGAGGGUUGCUGUAUUUUCUCGCAUUAUUGAGAUCCUGCAGGUGUUUCAAGAGCUUAAUAACUUUAAUGGGGUUUUGGAGAUUGUGAGCGCCAUCAAUUCUGUACCGGUGUAUCGUCUGGACCACACAUUUGAGGCAGUGCCUGAGAGGAAGAGGAGGAUUCUAGAAGAAGCUGUUGAACUCAGUCAGGAUCAUUUUAAGAAAUAUCUCGCCAAACUCAAGUCCAUCAACCCACCCUGUGUACCUUUCUUUGGUAUCUACCUGACUAACAUUCUGAAGACUGAAGAGGGGAAUCCAGAUUUCCUAAAGCGGGACGGAAAAGAACUGAUCAACUUCAGCAAGAGACGCAAAGUAGCAGAAAUCACUGGAGAAAUCCAGCAGUACCAGAACCAACCCUACUGCCUCAAAGUGGAACACGACAUAAAGAGGUUUUUUGAGAAUCUGAAUCCAAUGGGGAAUAUGAAUGAAAAGGAUUUCUCUGACUAUUUGUUCAAUAAGUCUUUAGAAAUCGAACCACGGAACAGCAAGCAGCCACCUAGAUUUCCCAGAAAGACUACAUAUUCUCUGAAGUCUCCGGGCGUUCGGCCUGUGCGCCAGGCGGUAGGUGGAGGAGGGACGCUAAAAGGUCACCCAGUGCCAUUAGAAAGAGAACCACCUCACAAAAUCACCUUCAGGAGCAUCGCAGAAACUGAACCCGAGACGCCUCCCUCUCUGCCCACCUCUCCAAACACACCCACCCCUCCGCAGUCCGCCAGCUCUGACUUCAACUCUGUGUUUGAGCAGGACUUCAUGCCCUACGGUAACAACACCAUAUUUGCCCCAGUUUUUCUGCCGCAGUCCAAGUUCCAGUCUGUGUCAUGUGGUAGUUUACACCAGUUGAUGAGUGAUGAGCCACUCAAGCCCCCUCCAUUACCUCCUCGCAGGAAAGAUACUUCUUCAGAUAAGAAUUCCAGGUCUGACAGUCCUCCUGCCAUUCCACCACGAUUGCCUCCUCCUCCCCGCCUGCAGCCGCGUGUCCCAGUGAUCAACGGGCCGACGGAUGGGCCCUUGCCGAGCCCCCCACCACCUCUGCCCCGUGACCCCCUUCCGGACACUCCUCCACCAGUGCCCCAGAGACCACCCGAGAUCUUCAUCAACUACCCAGUGAACAUGCAGCCAUCUCCAGGGGGCCGUUUCCACUGGGACUUCACCACCUCACCUAGCACUCCUAAUACCCCGCCUGGCACCCCCUCUCCCCGUGCUGUCCUCCCUGGAACCCCUUCUCCACGUGUGCCCCGGCGCCCCUGCACACCCAGCGUCAGUCAACCCAUACUGGUUCACCUUCCUCCCCCGACACCGGCACCUCCCAUCCCGCCUCGGCACAACUCCACCUCCGCCCUGCCAAAACUGCCACCCAAGACUUACAAAAGAGAACUGUCUCAAUCUUCACACACUCUUUCUCAGCCCUCCCUACACACACUCUCGCUAGUUGACAACAGGGACAGCAACGAAUAAGGGGGUGACCCUAAAAUAGAGACGUUUGAGUUUUAACAACGUUUAACCUGGAAGCAGACAAUCUGAUGCUAGUAAAAACCUGAAGACGGUCAUUGCUCUCGAAGAAUGUGAUUAUCACUCAUUUUUCACUUCCGUCACGUUCAGCAUGCAAGGUCAUGUGCUCGUCGACGGCACAUUCGCUGAUGGAUUUACUGUUCCGAGGCCUUUCACCACCGUCAGACUCGGCUGUGGAUGUUUAUUUGGUUGCAGGUCAAAGGUUCAUCCCUGGUUCAACCCGAACGCUCUCAGCACGCCUCUGUUCAGUUGCCUUUAACUCACAGCCGUGACCUUGACCAGAGAUUGUACCCUUCAGGUGAACUCUGAACUCUUUGGUGAGAACUUUUUUCCUCACACUAUUUAAAGCCAAUAUGAUGUCUUAACCCCUCCCCCUUCAAAGCCGUACUCCUUUAUUUGUCAAUUUAUCACAAUCCCUGCCCCUCCACCAGUACUUACAACCCUUGAUUUACGCUCUAGACUCUUAAUGUGCCUUCAAUAUCAGUACUGAACAAAAUUGAAGUGUCUGAAAACAUUCGCCUUGACCAUGCUUAGAACAAAUGUCUAGACAGCACCUCUGUUAGUCCGUUUGUGUGUUUCAAGUAUUCUGUACAGAGUGACAUAUCUGCCCUCACUUCUCACCUCGGCCCAGUGGCUGAUGUAUCUACUGACAAUCUCAGUCUGAGACCCACCGGAUUCACACACCAUUGUAGAGUGUUUGGUGUGGACCAGUGUCGAUUUUGUGUGUCUUAAUAGUGUGCGGUGAGCCUUUUUUUGCACUUUAGGGCAGUACUGUUACAGAGAAGCAGAGGACUCAAACUCACAAUCCUGUGACCUUAUGACCCCUGUUCUGCUGAUCCCCCUGUCCUCUGGGCUGGUCAGGACAACCAUCGGGUUUGUGUCCCCAAGCUCAUGAUCUUUGGGGCGCUGCAGUCCGAAUGUUCUAUUGUAAAUCAUGCCUCCUGCUCUCAUUCAGGUCCUCUUCAUCAACCAAACCAGGUCCAUAUAGGAAGAGCUUUGCCACCAGAGCAACUCCUAUCCAAUCGACCACGGAAACUCUCUCCGGGGCGAUUAGCCAUAGAGGAACUGCAGUGUUUUGUAGUGAUGUCACAUCCUGUAUGUGUAGACUCAUCCUGGCCACUCCCACUCAGCUGAUUGGUCAGUUGGUUUGAAGUAUUAGUAAUUCCCAAAAAACUCACUGUUUGUGUAUGUAUGUGUGUGUGCGUGUGUGUGAAUGUGUGUGUGCGCAUUCAAGGCCUGUAACUGCUUUUGUACCAUGUUCUCCAUGAGACUCAUUAAUAAACACGCAGUCUUAUUUUC